AUGCUAUGCCAUCGAGUCCGAGUCGACGUGGCUAACUUUCUCGGCAGUGUGAUCAAUGCCGUCUGCGCAAGUGAGCGCAAGAUAGACCAGAUCGAGUCCCGUCUCGGCAACAUCGAAUCGCUUCUCAAAAACAUCGCCUCGCCGACGGCCCCGUCCAUCCUGGUCGACCACCGCGGCGGCGCCCCCGUCAACACGCCGGGCACCGGCAGCAGCGUCCUCACCGCGGCCUCGACGGCCGACUACGAGAGCAGCGAGGAGGAGUCGGCCUUUGGCGGCGACACCGGCCUCACCGCCCACACCACCUUUGCGAGCGAGUUCCUCGAAAAGGCCGUUCGCAGGACCUCCCUGCGCGAGGUGAACCCCAAGAUGGAGGCGGCCCUGCUCAACCUGAGCCAGCUUGUCGAGAUGCAGAAGCGCCGGUCCAUCAGCCACGGUCCUCGCUUCCCGCUGCAGAAGCCCGUCCCUCCCGGAGGCAUCUGCAAGCUGCCGAUGCCGCCCAUGGCCGCCGUCGUGAACCUGCUGAAGCAUGCCAAAUCCGCACCCCCGACCCUCUUCACCAUCAUGUGCUCCCUCGUCGGCCUCUCCGACUUCUCGAGCCUCUGCCGGCUCGUCUACUUUGCCACCGAGGACUUUUCCGACGCCACCUUCACCAUCGUCAACGCCAUGCUGUACAACCUCUUCAUGGAGCAGCACUCGCUCGCCACCGAGCCCCUGGUCCGCGACGAGUACCACUCCUACAUGCAAAUGUGCCGCGCGAACCUCGAGACGAGCCUCGCCAACACGCCUCUCUUCCUCUCGGCCAAGGUCGAGAACGUGCAGGCUCUCCUGCUCGGCGGCCUGUACGCCGUCGACGUCUCGCGUCCCUCGGUCGCCUGGCACCUCAGCUGCAUGGCCGCGCAGCUCUGCCAAACCGCCGGGUACCACAGGUCGGCAACGCUCAUGUACGACUCGCCCGCCACCGCCAAGCUCAAGCGCAUCCUCUUCUGGCACGUCUACACCCUCGACAAGGGCCUCGGCCUGCGGCUCGGACGCGCCCCCGUCAUCCACGAGUGCGACAUUGACAUUCCGCGCGUCUUUGAGUUUGACGGCUUCGGCGAGUUCGAAUCGUCGUCCAUCCCGACCUUGUGGGUCAAGAUUAGCUAUCUGCAGAGCCGGAUAUACGAGCAGCUAUACAGCCCCGCCGCGCUGGCCAGUCCGCAGGAGGAGCUCAUCGAACGAGCCAAGGCGCUCGCGAGGGACUGUCGGAAGCUCGAGGUCGAGGCCGAGCAGUGCCGGGAGCAGGUCUACAACUACCUCCGGGCCGUCAACUCGUCCGACGUCGUCGACAUUUUCCUGCGGGGCGACGAAGUCCAGUUUCAAGUCACGCUCACGCUCGUCUACCGCGUCAUACCGGCGCCCGAGGGAUCGGCGAGUCGCUUCUGCGACGAGUGCCUCGAGGUCGCCCGCAAGGCCAUGACGGUCCACCAGCAGUGCGUGCAGCUGGCGAAUCUGGGGAGCUAUUUCCGCUCCAUCUACGUUCAUUGGAACUUGCUCCUAACGCCCUUUGCUCCGUUUUUCGUCCUCUUCUGCUACAUCAUCGAGACGUCGUCCCUCGACGACCUCCGAAUCCUCCAAGAGUUUGUCGCUUCCCUCGACGAGGUCAGGGACUCGUCGGAGACGAUCGAGAAGCUCUACCGGCUCUGUCGGGUCAUGUGCGACGUCGCGGGCCUCUACGUCGAGGCCAAGUCGCAGCAGCAGGAGGACCAGACGAUGGUGCCGAUCGGCGACGAGUUUGAAAUGUACCUGAGCCAGCUCGGAUUCAUGUCGACCGAAGAUCAAGCCAUGAGCCACGCGCAGAACAAUGGGGGGCCGCCACCGGUGAAUGGACGGGUGGCGCAAAUAGCCGACUGGUUCUCGGGCAACCGAAACAUGAUGGGGCUUCUGGAAGAAGACCUGUCGCAGAUCGAGUCGUAUCGUUGGAUGCAGCAAUCUAGCUCUAUAUGA